CCGUAAAUCCACCUCCACCUUGCACAGUUUUCAGUAAGGAGUCUUCGUCUAAUACUUCUAAACGUUUAAUACCCUCAUAUAUAAUCUUUGAAAAAUUUUAUUUUUUGUUUUUGAGUAACUGUAUGCUCAAUGGAUUCAUUUCCUCUGGGCCUGGUCUCAAAACUGAUUUGGUAGAUCAGGUUGGAGACAUAUGACAUGACAUAACGUGUAUUUACAAUCUGGGAUAUGGGAUUUCAUCAAACGUAAAAAACAAUGACCCAAAUGUACACCUGUAUUGCAUUUUCCUCUGAGGAGGAUAUGCAAAAUUUCUCGAAACGUAGUGAAUUUCUAGAUUGGGUAACAACAGACUUCGGAGAUGAAGUAGACGCUAAUUUGAUGAAUAAGAACACCAGUUUUGAUGUUUUGACUGAAAAAAUGGAUAAUUUUUAUGGUUGUGUUUCACAAAAGGGUAAAGACGACCCGAAGCUAAACGUAGAAAAUGUAUGCUGCACUAUGAUCGCGAGCAGCUGUAGAUCGAAAAACAUGGACUUCCAAGAACGUCCUCUUCUUUCCGACGGUCGUUUUCUCCGAAAUUGUACCCUAAAAACCUCUAUUCCCGAACAAGAGGAAAUCGGAUUCGAAGUACUGGUUUCCUCCCCAUGUCCUCUGCCGAUACGGAGAUAUGGGCGUAACGAGUUGACUACAUUCAUCGAUCUUCCUAAAAGAUCUGAUGAAGCUAGUGGGUUUAGGGUUGCAGAGAUGAAGCAGCUAGCAAAGAUUAGCGCUGCUCAACACGCGGAAUCCUUCCACAACACUGGUCUCUUGUUUUGUGAGAAACCUUUAUCACCGAAGUUUGUCGAAGCAAUUGAUAAGGAAGCGAAGAGGCGGAUUCUAGAGAUUGAAGAAGCUGUUAGGAGAUUGCAGACUACUAAGCUACUAGGAGAUCCAGCGGAUCUGCUCUACUUCAAGGAAGUAUCCUCCAGAGAAAAAGGUCGCUUUGAUAUGAGAAUGGAUUGCCUGAGGGAUCGGGAGGAAUAUCCGAUCUUGGCGUCGCUAACAAUAGCCUGUGGUCGUCCAUGUUUGCCUUGGUUACCUUUGAUUCGAAAGAUAUUGGAUGUCGAACUCGAACUCCAUGUUGAUGUUGAAAACCAGAACCCUGACAAAGAAGAGGACGAGGAUUUACUGGCUUGCGACGUCUCCAUACUGUACACAAUCGGUGGUCAGUGUGGGGAUCAAACUUGGCAUGCUGACGGGCCUCAUAUUGGACGCGGAGAAAGCCACUUUGGCAAGAACGAUCAAGAUUCAGCUUAUGGCGUGUGUUGCUUCGUGGCAUUGACGGAUAAUGGUGGUGACGAUGAUUCUGGUGCGUGCAAGGUAGGCGUGACAUCAUCCUAUGAACAAGGGGACGAUGAUGCUGGGAGCUGCGCUUCUUCCACCACAAGCGCAGGAAUGGAUUCCACCACUAAUCCGAAGAGUUGUACUACUACGGCAUCACACGACGGCAGCUUCGGUGGUACGGAAUUUUGGCCUGGAUCCCACAAAGAGCCAAAGCUGCUUGGCUUCGGUGCCGUAGGACCCUCUCUGGAAGUGACUCUUGAUACGUGUGCUGCUAGAAAAGGAGAUGUAGUGAUGUACGAUUACAGGUUGCUGCAUCGCGGACUGGCGAAUACUAGACGAGAUGGCGAAAUGAGGCGUGUUUUGCAGUUGUUUUACUACAGAAAGGAUAAGUAUAGCGAAAAGCGGAACUACGGACGGGCUAGCGUGUUUGACAUGUGAUUGUGAUCUCGGGCAUGUUGUUGAACAGAUUAACGACCUGUCUCCCAUACUACAGACGACGUCCAUCGACUGAUCUUACAGACAAACUCAAAUGUUUUUCGUAGCACUAGCAACGCUGGUAGACGAC